CUUUGGCAUGCAGAAUGUGUGCGGGAUGUAAAACGAGACAUCACACCCGUUUUAUAAACGACGUAAUACCACUUCCGGUUCUCUCGCGUGCCCCUUAAGUCAAGAUGACCAAGAAAAGGAGGAACAACGGCCGUGCCAAGAAGGGCCGUGGCCACGUUCAGCCCAUCCGCUGUACCAACUGUGCUCGCUGUGUGCCCAAAGACAAGGCCAUCAAGAAGUUUGUCAUCAGGAACAUCGUUGAGGCAGCAGCUGUGAGGGACAUCUCAGAGGCCAGUGUGUUUGAUUCCUAUGUUUUGCCAAAGCUGUAUGUUAAGCUUCAUUACUGCGUGAGCUGCGCCAUCCACAGCAAAGUUGUAAGGAACCGAUCGCGCGAGGCCAGGAAGGACCGCACGCCACCUCCUCGCUUCAGACCUGCGGGUGCUGCCCCAAGAGUUCCUGCCAAGCCCAUGUAAAUUGGAGCAUUUUGCUGAUGUUUGUACGUAAAUAAAUAAUACCCCAUUAAAAC